UAUCGAGUGUUGCAAGAGCUAACGAGUGCAAACAAGUUUGUGGAGUGGGCAACUUUAGAUAUAGUGAAUGGAUUGUGAGGACAGUUAACUGACUCGCGCCAAUAUUCGUUGCAAAAGGCCUCACACUUUCAGUUUAAAAAUAACUCUAUAUCUCACACUUAAGUCUACCCCCCUCUCCUUUCUCUACUGCAACCGCGAAUCGAUGGAGAACUCAUUGCAUUCUUCCAGAGCGGAGGCCUUUCCAGCCGGCCUACGGGUGCUCAUAGUCGAUGACGAUCCCACCUGGUUGAAGAUCCUCGAGAAGAUGCUCAGGAAGUGCUCUUAUGAAGUGACCACAUGCAGUUUAGCAAGAGAAGCUCUGGACAUGCUCCGAGGAAGGAGAGAUCGGUUCGACAUUGUGAUUAGCGAUGUGAACAUGCCCGACAUGGAUGGCUUCAAGCUUCUCGAGCACGUCGGGUUGGAAAUGGAUCUACCUGUGAUAAUGAUGUCGAUCGAUGGGGAGACGAGUAGGGUGAUGAAAGGUGUUCAACAUGGUGCUUGUGAUUACCUUCUUAAACCUGUGAGAAUGAAGGAGCUGAGAAAUAUAUGGCAACAUGUUUACCGAAAGAAAAUGCACGAGCUGAAAGAUAUCGAAAUUCAUGGCAUCCAUGAGGAUUUCAACAUUCUAUGCUAUGGAUCUGAAGACCCUGAUGACAGACAAUUUGUAGCCAGGACCGAGAUGAGCCCCGCGCGGAAACGAAAGGACUUAGACGGUAAAGAGCUUACUGAACUCGAAUUCAACGAUCCGUCUACGGUGAAGAAAGCGAGAGUAGUUUGGUCUGUUGAUCUUCAUCAGAAGUUUGUAAAUGCUGUGAAUCAAAUUGGAUUCGAAAUCGGUCCGAAGAAAAUACUCGAUUUGAUGAAUGUGCCCGGGCUCACGAGAGAAAAUGUUGCAAGCCAUCUUCAGAAAUAUCGCCUUUACUUGAGUCGAUUACAGAAGCAGAACGAAGGGCCUAACGGUGAAAGUAGAGGAAACUAUGAGUUGAAUUGCUCAAACCAAACCGAGAAUUUCCAAACUCAAGGAAUUGUUCCAAGUGUUCAUGUAGGUGAAACAAAGAAAGCCCCAUCAAGUGAUGUAUUGCUUUCUUUCGAUGACAAGAUGUCCCCAAAGCACAAGCCUUCACUUGGUGGAACUAAUGUCGAUCGAGAAUUCGAUACUUCUUUCUGUCAGUAUCCGUCCACUCUACCGCCAUUCGCCCCGGAGGAUGCCAAAGAUCUGUUCCUAACAGAUUACAGAAAUGGGCACUCAACUGCCAUACCUCCAACAACAUGCAAGAUUGAUUCAGUAUCUCUUCAAGUGAAGCGAGGAACAGCAAAUGCUCAAGACAUCGGAGCAAUUUGUAAGCUUGAAGGACCGACGAGCCUACAAGACCGUUACAUCGACGACAAACACAGCCAAGGAUGCUUUCCUCUCACUUAUGAUUCUUUGCCUGAGGAUUUGCAUCUAUGUUCAGUUCAGAAGAUUGGUUGCUUUGAGAGUUUGGGGUUCGAUGGCACGGAGAUUCUUCGAUAUGCCGAAGAAAGUAAUUGGUACGAUUGCCCUGAGCUGAAUGGUGAGUAUUCAUAUGAUCAAGUGGUGGAUUACUCUCUACUGGAUGAAUACCUUUUUGCAUAGCUUGUUCUUGCAUAUUUAUUGGUGCAUUAGCAAAAUGACACCAACAGGAUGGACUAGACAUUGAUUUCCAUCCAGUUAUUUCGAACAAGGAUGUAUCGUAGAGAGAAUUGCAAUAAUGUGUAAUCCAAGAACUUGCAAAGGAGGUAACAAAAAGGUUUCCUUUCGUCUUC